AGGGCCAGCUGAGAUGUUGCGACGUCACUCUGUGACGGACUCCAGGUUUGAGGCUCAUCUGCGUCCAGCGGCGGCGGCAGAGGAGAGGAACGCUCGCUCCACGUCUCUGCUCCCCUCCGUGGCCUCCCCAGCGGCGCAGGGAGAACAAAAGACGGACGAACCGCACCGACACCCGGGCUCGCGAGCUCGGCUUCAGACCGCCGCUAGCUUGAUGCUUCUCACUCCAGCCCUCUGCUCGUCUCCCUUUGUGGCAGGGGCUGCCCAUGCAGCCGAGGAGGAAGACCCCCUAACCAACACUCUGGGAGAAGCCCCCAGCUUCUUCUUCUUUUAUUCUCUUCGGUUUGUCGCGCCGAACAAAAUCUCCGAGAGUUCGGCGCUAAAGCGUCGUUUCCAGUGACCGAGGAGCAUCUCCUCGGUUUCGACGUCGUCUCUGCCUCUCUCCGUCUCCGUCUGCAACCUCCGGCUCUGACAGGACCCGAGCGACCGAUUGAUGUGUGGGAUUCUCCCCCCGGAUCUCUAAGCGAACGAUGUUGCGCAUCUCGGCCAACAUGUUGGCGGCAGGGUUGCUUUUCCUGGGAUUCUUGCACAGUUUGAAAGCAGUCUCUCCGUCCAGGGCUGUCGAUGCUCAGAAGAGCUGCAGCCCGAAGCAGUUUGUGUGUAAGGAUGGUGUGACGUGCAUCUCCAAGGGCUGGCGCUGUGACCGUGAGAAAGACUGUCCAGAUGGAUCUGAUGAGGAGCCUGAUGUUUGUCCACACAGCACCGUGUCCCGCUGCCCACCCAACGAGUACCAGUGUGGAGGGACGGAGCUGUGCAUCCACAUGAGCAAACUGUGCAACGGGGUCCCAGACUGCACCAGUGGCUGGGACGAGGGAGCCCACUGCAGAGAAUAUCGGUCCAACUGCUCCAUCAAAGGCUGUCAGGAGAACUGUACCGUCACUCCACUGGGGCCUGUCUGUUAUUGCAGGAAUGGUUACGAGAUCAGUUCUGAUGGGAGGACGUGUAAAGACUUUGAUGAGUGCAGUGUGUAUGGGACCUGCAGUCAGACCUGCACCAACACUGAAGGCUCCUACUCCUGUUCCUGUGUGGAAGGCUAUCUGCCGCAGCCAGACAACCGCUCCUGCAAAGCUAAAAAUGUGCCAGUGGGCCGUCUGCCCGUUCUGCUUAUAGCCAAUUCCCAGAACAUCCAAGCCACCUCCCUGAGUGGCACCACUGUCCACAGCCUGCUGUCCACCAGCACCAAGCAAACGACGGCCAUGGACUUCAUUUAUACCAAGGAAACUGUCUGCUGGAUUCACGUGGGAGACUCCCCGUCAUCCACACACCUCAAAUGUGCCUUGAUCCCCAAUCUGAAGAGCUUCACGGAAGAAAAGAUCAUCAACAUCACCUUCAGCUUGCACCAUGUGGAGCAGAUGGCCAUCGACUGGCUGACAGGGAACUUCUACUUCGUGGACGAUGUGGACGACCGGAUCUUUGUGUGCGACAAGGAUGGCCAGACAUGUGUCACCCUCCUGGACCAGGAGCUGUACAACCCUAAAGGCAUCGCUCUGGACCCCACCAUGGGGAAAGUAUUCUUCACAGACUACGGUCAGAUCCCUAAAGUAGAGCGCUGUGACAUGGACGGCCAGAACCGAACCAAACUUGUCGACAGCAAGAUUGUGUUUCCACAUGGCAUCACCCUGGACCUCGUCAGCCGCCUGGUGUACUGGGCUGACGCCUACCUGGACUACAUCGAGGUGGUGGACUACGAAGGCAAGAACCGGCACACCGUCAUCCAAGGCCUGCUGAUUGAGCAUUUGUAUGGGCUGACGGUGUUUGAAAACUAUCUGUACGCCACCAACUCAGACAACGCCAACAUGCAGCCAAAGACCAGCGUGAUCAGGAUCAACCGCUUCAACAGCACAGAUUACCAGGUGGUGACCAGAGUGGACAAAGGAGGAGCGCUGCACGUCUACCACCAGAGACGGCAGCCUCCAGUGCGCAGCCAUGCAUGUGAAGAGGACCAGUUUGGGAAGCCCGGAGGCUGCUCUGACAUCUGUCUCCUUGGUAACGGACACAAGACUCGAACGUGUCGCUGCCGUUCUGGAUUUAGCCUGGGCAGUGAUGGCAAGUCCUGCAAAAAACCGGAGCACGAGCUCUUCCUGGUCUACGGUAAAGGCCGCCCGGGCGUCAUCAGGGGCAUGGAUAUGAACGCCAAGGUGCCGGACGAGUACAUGAUCCCCAUCGAGAAUCUGAUGAACCCCAGAGCUCUGGACUUUCACGCCGCUAGCGAAUUCAUUUAUUUCGCCGACGCCACCAGCUACAUCAUUGGUCGACAGAAGAUUGAUGGGACAGAGAGGGAUACUAUUCUGAAGGAAGGGAUUCACACAGUGGAAGGUAUCGCUGUGGACUGGAUGGCAGACAACUUGUACUGGACAGACGACGGGCCAAAGAAAACUAUCAGCGUGGCUCGGCUGGAAAAGGCCUCCCAGACCCGCAAAACCCUGAUCGAAGGGAAGAUGACUCAUCCUCGUGCCAUUGUGGUGGAUCCUCUUCACGGGUGGCUGUAUUGGACCGACUGGGAGGAGGACCCGAAGGAGAGCAAGCGAGGCAAAAUUGAGCGGGCCUGGAUGGACGGCUCCAACAGGAACGUCUUCCUGAGCAGCAAAACAGUGCUGUGGCCAAACGGACUCAGCCUGGACAUCCCACAGGGCAUCCUCUACUGGGUGGAUGCCUACUACGACCGCAUCGAGAUGGUCUACCUCAACAGCUCCGGGCGUAAGACGGUGUACGAAGGUCAGGAGCUGAACCACGCCUUCGGCUUGUGCCACUAUAAACACUUCUUGUUCUGGAACGAGUACCGCAGCGGCAGCAUUCAUAAGCUGGACACCACCACCGGCACCGCCACCCUGCUGCGCAACGAGCGCCCGCCCAUCUUUGAAAUCCGGAUGUACGACGCUCAGCAGCAGCAAGGCUCCAAUGCGUGUCGCGUGUCCAACGGCGGCUGCAGCAGUCUGUGUCUGGCCAUACCAGGAGGUCGGCAGUGUGCCUGUGCAGAAGACCAGGUAUUAGACCCCACCGACAACACCAGCUGCAAAGUCAACCCGUCUUACGUCCCGCCUCCUCAGUGCCAGCCAGGAGAGUUUGCUUGUAAGAACAGCCGCUGCAUCCAGGAGCGCUGGAAGUGCGAUGGAGACAACGACUGUCUGGACAACAGCGACGAGGCUCCGGAGCUGUGCCACCAGCACACCUGCCCCACCGACAGGUUUAAGUGCAAGAACAACCGCUGCAUCCCGCUGCGUUGGCUGUGCGACGGCGACAACGACUGUGGGAAUGACGAGGACGAGUCCAAUGCCACCUGCUCAGCACGUACCUGCCCGACCAAUCAGUUCUCGUGCGCUAGCGGGCGCUGCAUCCCCGUCUCCUGGAUGUGUGACCUGGACGAUGACUGUGGCGAUCGGUCUGAUGAACCUGUGUCCUGUGCCUACCCCACCUGUUUCCCCCUCACGCAGUUUACCUGCAACAAUGGACGCUGCAUCAACAUUAACUGGCGCUGUGAUAACGAAAAGGAUUGUGAGGACGGCUCUGAUGAGUUGAAUUGUCCAAAAGCGACCGAUAACGACUGCGGGGACAACAGCGAUGAAGCGGGCUGCAGCCACUCCUGCUCCAGCACUCAGUUUAAAUGCAACAGCGGUCGCUGCAUCCCCGAUUACUGGAGAUGUGACGGAGACAACGACUGCGGGGACUACAGCGACGAGACCCAUGCAAACUGCACCAAUCAGACCACGCGUCCACCCGGCGGUUGUCACGCUGACGAGUUUCAGUGUCGGAUGGACGGCCUCUGCAUCCCCUCGCGUUGGCGCUGCGACGGCGACACGGACUGCAUGGACAUGAGCGACGAGAAGAGCUGCGAGGGCGUCACGCACAUGUGUGAUCCAGCUGUCAAGUUCGGCUGCAGGGACUCUGCUCGGUGCAUCAGUAAAGCCUGGGUUUGUGAUGGAGACAGUGACUGUGAGGACAACUCAGAUGAGGACAACUGCGACGCUCUGGUGUGUAAACUCUCCCAUCACGUGUGCGCUAGCAACUCCACCAUCUGCCUGCCGGCGGAGAAACUCUGCGACGGCACCGACGACUGCCCAGAUGGCUCCGACGAGAAACUCUGCGAUCUGUGCUCUCUGAACAAUGGCGAUUGCAGCCAUAACUGCACGGUAGCUCCCGGCGAGGGCAUCAUCUGCACCUGUCCGCUGGGCAUGGAGCUGGGGUCGGACAACAAGACCUGUCAGAUCCAGAGCUUCUGCGCCAAACAUCUGAAGUGCAGCCAGCGCUGCGAGGAGGACAAGUUCAGCGUGAAAUGCUCUUGUUUUGAGGGCUGGGARCUGGAGCCCGACAUGGAAAGCUGCAAAAGCCUGGAUCCAUUCAAACCCUUCAUAAUUUUCUCGAACCGUCAUGAAAUCCGUCGCAUCGACCUGAACAAGGGAGAGUUCAGCGUGUUGGUGCCGGGCCUCAGAAACACCAUUGCUAUUGACUUCCAUCUCAACCAGAGUUCCCUCUAUUGGACAGAUGUGGUGGAAGAUAAGAUCUACAGAGGGAAGCUGUCUGAGAAUGGAGCUUUAACCAGUUUUGAUGUAGUAAUCCAGUACGGACUGGCUACUCCUGAGGGUCUGGCAGUGGACUGGAUAGCAGGAAAUAUUUACUGGGUGGAAAGCAACCUGGAUCAGAUCGAGGUGGCCAAGUUGGAYGGCACCAUGAGGACCACGCUGCUGGCAGGGGACGUGGAGCACCCUCGAGCCAUCGCUCUUGACCCCCGAGACGGGAUCCUCUUCUGGACAGAUUGGGACGCCACUUUGCCGAGGAUUGAAGCUGCAUCCAUGAGUGGUGAAGGCAGAAAGACUAUUCAUAAGGAAACUGGCAAUGGAGGCUGGCCAAAUGGACUCACUGUGGAUUAUCUGGAGCGGCGCAUCCUCUGGAUUGACGCCAGAUCUGAUGCAAUUUAUUCUGCUAAGUAUGACGGUUCUGGACUGAUCGAGGUCCUGAGRGGCCAUGAGUACCUCUCCCACCCAUUUGCCGUCACCGUGUAYGGUGGAGAGGUUUACUGGACGGACUGGAGGACCAACACGCUGGCUAAAGCCAACAAGUGGACCGGAAGCAACGUCACCGUGGUCCAGAGAACCAACACACAACCUUUUGACCUGCAGGUCUACCACCCGUCCAGACAGCCACAGGCUCCGAACCCAUGUGCAGCUAAAGAUGGCAAAGAGCCCUGCUCUCACCUCUGCCUCAUCAACUACAACCAGACGUUCUCAUGCGCAUGCCCUCACCUCAUGAAGCUGAGCACUGACAAGCGGACUUGUGUCGAGUCCCGGCAGUUUCUGCUGUACGCUCGACAAAUAGAGAUCCGAGGAGUGGACAUUGACAACCCGUACUACAACUACAUCAUCUCUUUCAACGUGCCGGACAUCGACAACGUGACGGUGGUCGACUACGAUGCUCUGGAGCACCGCAUCUACUGGUCAGAUGUACGAACCCAGACCAUCAAGAGGGCUUUCAUCAACGGUACUGGGGUCGAGACUGUGGUCUCUGCUGAUCUACCCAACACACACGGCCUGGCGGUGGACUGGGUGUCCAGGAACCUCUUCUGGACUAGUUAUGAUGCCAAUAAAAAGCAGAUUAAUGUUGCCAGACUGGAUGGCUCCUUCAAGAAUGCUGUUAUCCAGGGCUUGGACAAACCACACUGUUUGGUGCUGCAUCCAAUGCUGGGGAAGCUGUACUGGACAGAUGGGGACAACAUCAGCAUCGCCAACACUGAYGGCACCAACAUCAGCCUCCUCUUCACCAACCAGAAAGGCCCUGUUGGUCUCUCCAUCGACUUCGACGCUGAGCAGCUGUACUGGAUCAGCUCAGGGAACGGCACCAUUAACCGCUGUAAACUGGAUGGUUCUGAGCUGGAGGUGCUUGAAGGAGCCAAGGGCAAGCUGAUAAAGGCAACAGCUCUCGCCAUCAUGGGCGAUAAGCUGUGGUGGGCUGACCAAGGUACUGACCAGAUCGGAACCUGUGACAAAAAAGAUGGUGGCAACUGGAAAAUCCUGAGAAACAGCACAUCCCCCAUGAUGCACAUGAAGAUCUACAAUGAAACUGUGCAGAAUGGCACCAAUCUGUGCAGCAAAAACAACGGAGACUGUUCCCAGCUGUGUCUCCCCACCUCCCGGACCACCAGAGCGUGCAUGUGCACUGCAGGGUACAGCUUACGAACAGGGCAGCAGUCUUGUGAAGGUGUCAGCUCCUUCCUGCUAUAUUCGGUGCAUGAGGGCAUUCGUGGUAUUCCAUUGGAUCCUUCAGACAUGUCCGAUGCCCUGGUACCGGUCUCCGGCACCUCCCUGGCUGUAGGCAUUGAUUUUCAUGCUGACAAUGAUACAAUCUACUGGGUGGAUAUGGGCCUCAGUACCAUCAGCAGGGCCAAGAGAGACCAGACCUGGAAAGAAGAUGUGGUUACAAAUGGCAUUGGAAGAGUUGAAGGCAUUGCUGUUGAUUGGAUAGCAGGAAACAUCUACUGGACAGACCAAGGUUUCGAUGUAAUCGAGGUUGCUCGACUGAAUGGUUCCUUCCGCUACGUGGUGGUCUCCCAGGGCCUGGACAAGCCCCGCGCCAUCACUGUGCAUCCUGAGAAAGGCUAUCUGUUCUGGACCGAGUGGGGCCAGUACCCCCGCAUUGAGCGGUCUCGCCUGGAUGGCUCCCAGAGGGCUGUCCUGGUUAAUGUCAGCAUCAGCUGGCCCAAUGGGAUCUCCAUCGACUAUGAGGAGGGUCUGUUGUACUGGUGUGAUGCCAGAACAGACAAGAUUGAGCGCAUUAACCUGGAGACGGGAGAAAACAGAGAGGUGGUUCUGGCCAGCAACAACAUGGACAUGUUCUCUGUGUCUGUGUUCGAGAACUACAUCUAUUGGAGCGACAG